UUCAGUUUAUUACGCUCCGAUUUAUGUGAUAUUUCGUGAUUUGGAUCUAAUUCGAGGCAAAUUAUCGAUCGCUUUCACCAAGUUUAUGGACACAGCUAAAUUUUAAGUGCAAAGAUGGAUGAGAUUUGGCUAGAAAAUCAGGCAAAACAGGAAGGCCAAGAUGGUGAGGUGGACCAGGCCAUGAUCGAUUCUCUAGCUGCGGAUCUGGCUGCGGCAAUAAAUGGUACAUAUAUGAAGAAAAUUAAAGUGGAAUCAGAACUAAUAGAGUCGGAUCUUGAGCUUGAAGUUCAGUCCUCGCUGUCCGAUCAAGAUCUUACUAUUAAUGAGAACGUCAAUAUUACCGAAGACAGUUUUAAUUCGGAGACUUUAAGUCCCUUGUCAUCCGAAAAAAUAUUGAAGCUGGAACACCUAAACAACUCGUUUAGUGUUCUGCCCAAGCAAAGUCCUAGCAAUGAAGAUUUCAGCUGCUGGCAACCUACUAAAAUCGCCAUGGAUAAAGAGCUCCUUCGACUUCUGGGUGACCCAUCAUCCUGCUCUUUCAAAGUUUAUAUCGGCAAAUACAAAUUCCGCUGUCAUCUUCAUGUUCUUCAGUCGCACUCGUAUUUUCUGAGGUACAAAAGGGUGGACACCCUCUCUGUCCAUUUGCCGAUCAAAAUGGUGACCCCAACGGCCUUUAAAGUCCUCUACAACUGGAUGUUGGGCAUCAAAGGAGAACGAAAAAAGAAAGAAAGACCAAAGGGCUGCAACAUUGUGGAACUAUAUAGUGCGGUCUCGUUCCUGAAAGUCAAUGAGUUGCAGGAAUUCAGCUAUAUUUGCUUCAACGAUGGUUGCAAUUUCGGCAGUUUAGCAUUUAGACUGUUUCUAGAGGCUCAGAAGUUUGAGAUUCCCAUGAUUCAGACUCUCACGUUGUCUCGUAUUCAGGAGUUCUUCCUGCCUUUGGUGGCCUCCAAGGAGUUCUUGGAACUGGACUUUUAUUGGCUUCAGAAACUCCUGAAUAUGAACAAUGUGGGCGUGAACAGUGAGAUAGAGAUAUUUAUGACUGCAGUUCGCUGGCUCAGUCAUAAUUGGUCGGUUAGGAAGGAUCUGAUGGCGAAGCUAAUGAACUGUGUCCGUUUCUGCCUGAUUCCUCCGCUUUUCCUGAGGUUUCUGCAGGGAGAACAGAAGACUCGAGUGUUGAACAGCAUUUGCCAGUGUCCCAAAAUCAAGGAGACAGUCACCCGGGUCUUUGUAUACACCUCCACUGAACUCGGCGACCUGACGCAACGCUUCUGCGGUUUGGUCAACAACAUCGAUCCGCCGGAGCAGAGGAAGUGGAUAUUCGACAAGCGGUGCUCGUACCAUCGCCAUCCAGGUGGAAACCAGGGGCAGUUCUUCACCUACCAGCAGUUCCUCAACCAUUUGGAGUCGCUCCACGACUCGCUGCCCGAUCAUGGCUCCUGGGUCAACGGGGUCUUAGCCAAAUCCCACUCCAAGCCCAAAAAACAAAACCCAAAAACGCAAUGAGAAAGCCAGAAGGAAGUGUGCCGCAAUGUUUGGCCAGUCGCCUCGCAAAUGAGGCAGCUCCAAAGAGCCAAGCGACUCCAAUGGACUUUUGUUUGCCAUGCGAUUAAAAUGCCUGCUUUCGACUUUUGGCCAACAAAGUCAACAGAGAUUUUGCAACCACAAAGACAACAGUCAACUUAGCCAAGUUUACUUAACAAUGGCAAGCGGCGCUGGCGGAUUAAAGUGGAGUGUCUUUAUAACUAAUUAGGUAAUGGUUUGCAGGGAAACCAAUUCAUUAUUGUAAAGCUAUUUUUGUUUGCUUUGAAACUGUCUAAGGAAUGUGUAUCCUUUAUUUUUAAAUAAAUUUGUAAUCGGUUUUUUACGACA